AUGACCAUUGUCAUGGAAAAUGCAUGGGAGCUUAGUGAUGUGUCGAUGUGGUUUGAGGGUGAUUAUGAAAAUUUCACUGGCAUGCCACCCACAGAAGACUUUAGCCCCUGUAUGGUGGACACUGAGACACUCAACAAGUAUGCAGUGGUUGUUAUAUAUGUCCUGGUGUUCCUGCUGAGCCUGCUGGGAAACUGUCUGGUGAUCCUGGUGGUCUUAUGCAGCCAGCUCAGCCGCUCUGUCACCGACGUCUACCUGCUGAACCUGGCCAUGGCCGACCUCCUCUUUGCCUUGACCCUGCCUAUCUGGGCCGCUUCUAAGGUGAAGGGCUGGAUCUUCGGCACAGCCAUGUGCAAGCUGGUCUCGCUCCUGAAAGAGGUCAAUUUCUAUAGUGGUAUUCUACUGCUGGCCAGCAUCAGCAUGGACCGCUACCUGGCCAUUGUCCACGCCACGCGCACGCUGACCAAGAAGCGGCACUGGGUCAAGUUCAUAUGCCUAGGCAUCUGGACCCUGUCCUUUAUCCUGUCCCUGCCCGUCUUCGUCUUCCGCAGGGCAUUUGACCCACCCUUUUCCAGCCCAGUCUGCUAUGAGGACAUGGGGGCUAAUACAACACAAUGGCGCGUUGUUUUGCGGGCCCUGCCUCAGACCUUUGGCUUCGUCCUGCCACUACUGGUCAUGCUGUUCUGUUACGGCCUCACCCUGCGCACGCUGUUUGCCACCCACAUGGGGCAGAAGCACCGGGCCAUGCGGGUCAUCUUUGCUGUCGUGCUGGUCUUCCUGCUCUGCUGGCUGCCCUACAACCUGGUGCUGGUGGCCGACACCCUCAUGAGGAUGCAGGUCAUCAAGGAGACCUGCGAGCGCCGCAACCACAUCGGCCGGGCCCUGGAUGCCACCGAGAUUCUGGGCUUCUUUCACAGCUGCCUCAACCCCCUCAUCUAUGCCUUCAUUGGCCAGAAGUUCCGCCACGGCCUCCUCAAGAUCAUGGCCAGCCACGGCAUGGUCAGCAAGGAGUACCUGGCCAAGGAGGGCAGGCCUUCCUUUGUUAGCUCUUCUUCAGGGAACACAUCCAUUACCCUCUAAGACCCCACCCCGUUGCAGCCCCUCAGGCUCCUCCCUGCCUUUCAGCAAACCCUGCCAAGGCUCGUGGGCACUGGCAGAUCACAGCCUCUGUGCCAAGACAGCCCUCACUGUGGUCACGGGAAGUUGCUGAAGCCAUAUCCUUACCAGGCCCAUUGUAUGGUUUAGAAAGCCAGCCUGGUGCCCCACCCCUUAUGUGUAACUACUGUGUCAACUGCUAGAGCUCUGUCCAUCCUGCCACUGAGCCCACAGCUCUGGCUCAGGGAUGUUUUAAAGACAUUCUCUGAAGUGACUGCAAAAUAUUCCCACAGUUGGGAGCCAUUCGUGGCAAACACCAUGAGUUGCUCCCCUAACUCUUUCCUGCCUGCUAGUGAAGUCCACUUCCCAAGAGAGGGGCUAGGGAUGACGGACGCUCACUGUCCAAGACUCCCCUAGAAGCGACCAUCACACAUGGUUCUGACUAGCGAGGCCUAAACCACUCUCCAGGGAAAAGCCUGCUGUGGAGAUUUCCCCAGGCUUCAUGGUGUAAAUGCUCCGGGGGUGAUUUCAUGUGAUGGGGUGAACAACCCGUUCAUAAAAUUCUAGAAAUUGUAACAAUCUGUUUUCAAGCAAGUAGAUACAAACUGGGCUCAAGAGGAAGUCUGCUUGGGUCUCUUGGGAACUCUUGGGGAAAAUCUUUGGUUUUAAAAAUAGAGCAAGAGACAUACACACAUACACCUUUGUUUAUUUGCCUUUGAAUAUGAUUCUUCAACUGAGGCAGUUACUCAGUGAGAAUGAGACCAAGACCCCAACUUAGGCUGAUGGAAUCAAAGGAUACAAAAAACCUGUAAAUAAACCAAUAAAUGAU